AUGCGGACGAAUGGUUUGGACGUAGUACUAUUUACAAUUGUUGUGUGCAACCUUGUCCUUGGCUAUACCGCUUUACAAAUCCAUGAUAUUGUAGCAGAACAAACCCAAAUAACUCCCAGAAAAGAAGGCGGUGAAGCUAAUGAUAUUGCAAGUUUAAAUGAUGGAUUAAGAAGUAAAAGGUAUGGGCCAGAAACUAGGGAAUUACUGGUCAGAGAUGAAAGUCACAAGGAGAUGGUCAACUCUUUAGUUGGACAACAUGAUAAAGAGACUGCUGUCGAAAGGAAGAAACGAACUCAUAAAACUAAACGCAAGCAUCACACGGAAACACGAAAAGAUUCGCACAAAUCACGUACACGGGAAUGGGACGAUAUUUUUGAGAAGUUACUUAGUAAGGUUAAGGAAAAAUUGAAGAAAGAUAAAAAGUUACAUGGCAGUUAUAUCGAUAAAAACAGCGCAACAAAAAGCAAAGGUAAAUCUGAUAAGAAAAAAGACAGCAGCAAAAAUCGGGAUGAGCAAACUGCCUCUACUUCAAACAAAAACUUUCAUGAUAAAGUUGGUGAUAAAACGAAGACAACACAGAGCAAAGCUAGUGACAAAUCUGAUAGCAGCAAAAAUAAGGAUGAGCAAACUGCCUCUGCUUCAAACAAAAAGAUGCAUGAUAAAGUUGGUGAUAAAACGAAGACAACGCAGAGCAAAGCUAGUGACAAAUCUGAUAGCAGCAAAAAUAAGGAUGAGCAAACUGCCUCUGCUUCAAACAAAAAGAUGCAUGAUAAAGUUGGUGAUAAAACGAAGACAACACAGAGCAAAGCUAGUGACAAAUCUGAUAGCAGCAAAAAUAAGGAUGAGCAAACUGCCUCUGCUUCAAACAAAAAGAUGCAUGAUAAAGUUGGUGAUAAAACGAAGACAACACAGAGCAAAGCUAGUGACAAAUCUGAUAGCAGCAAAAAUAAGGAUGAACAAACUGUCUCUGCUUCAAACAAAAAGAUGCAUGAUAAAGUUGGUGAUAAAACAAAGACAACAAAAAAAGCUAGUGACAAAUCUGAUAAGGGAAAAGAUCAUCACAAAAAUAGCGAUGAAGAAAGUGUCUCGAAGUUUCUUAAUGAAACGGAGCUUGUUUCACUUCGCGAAGCUUUGCUUGUCCAUCCUUUUAGUACAUGGAAAUUCAAAGAUCGUUUCAACUCAAUGGAGGACCUCGGUGUCCACGAAGCAUUGCUCCAUGAUGUUGUGAAGAACAAGUGGAACACAAGACUGAGACAUAAACUUUUUAAAGCUUUUCGAGGCGAAAAUAUUCACUUGGCCGUCAUAGGCGGCUCAAACACCGCCGGAGGAGGCAUACAAAAGGACGAGGGACGAACAGACGGGUUGUUUUUUCGAGUUAUUCUCGACUGGUGGCAAAAAACUAUCACCCCCAUCACUGGCUCACAUCUCAAAACGCGGCAGAUUGCCAUAGGUGGCACGUCUAGUGAUUUCUUUCAAUACUGCCACCGUUCCUUCGUUCAGAAAGACGUUGAUUUAGUUUUGCUUGAGAUGUCAGUGAACGACCUUCACGAGUUGCCAUAUCACGUUAAUUUGAGCUUACCCAUCGAACAGCUCACGCGGCAACUUCUCGAAUACCCAACUGAGCCCGCGUUGCUCUACGUCAACUUGCUCAGCGGUCGUUCCUAUUACCAAGGAUGUACGAACCUUGAGGAUUUUGGCCAGCAGUUGCUGUCUAACAUGUACGAAAUUACUACUUUCAAUUGGCGUGAUGCCGUUUGCCCUGUGAUAGAUGGGAAAUAUCGUAUCCCUCUAAAAAGCUGCGCCGUCGUCUGUAAAGACGGUCACCAUAUCAACCAACUUGGUCAUGCGCAUAUCUCUCUUAUGGUCAUCAAUCUAUUUCGUGAUCUCCUAUUGGAUAAUAUAGGUCACGUGGAUGAACUAUACGAGCAGGUUUUCCACGAUGAAGUGGUUUUACCGAAACCCGUGUUUAUAGCCGAACAAAGCAAGGUCAUUACCGACCCUGUAUGUUGGACAACAUUGACUCCGAAUUUUAAAAAGAAAAUUAUAACGAAUAGUAUGGAAGUUGGCGUUAUGGAAAAUUACGGCUUUGAUUUUGUACAUGACAAAGCAAUAGGCGGCGGACAUUGUUUUACGGAAAACGCAUGCCGCGCAGAUGCGUACAGCGGAUGGACGGGACGUGAUGUCGGCGCCAGCUUGACACUCUCAUUCACAGUCCCGCCGCUGGGUCAUAACCGGAGGAUCCAAAGCCGCUCCGUGGUUUUUGCGACGCGGACAUGUUGGAAAUGCGGAGUUGCGGAAGUGUGGCUCGACGAUGAUGUUGUAAACAGACGGCAUGUUCGAGCAGAGAGUCAGUACUCACAGACUUUAUUAGAAAUCGUAUCUUUGAGGGUGAAUCCCGGGGAUCAUACUAUGAGUGUGAAGGUAGUCCACCCUGGGGUUGUCACUGUAGUGGGGGUGAUGUUGGGACCACCUGAUGGUCCUUACUAG